AUGAACGGCUUCGACAGAGGGUCCGUCUUCUCGGUGCCCGUGUACGGCAGCGACCUGUCGGCACGCAGCAAUGCCACCAACACGCACUCGGCCAACACGCAGACCAUCGCCGACUUCCAGCAGUUCGUCACCGAGUUCCGCGAGAACGAGUCGUUCAUCUACCGCGACCGCCUGCGCGCCAACUGCCUCCGCAAGGAGUGGACGCUCGAGGUCGAGAUGGGCCACCUCAUCGGCUGGAGGGAGGACCUUGCGAGCCGGGCCAGGAGCGAACCGGGCGAGGUCUUGCCGCUGUUCGAGAUAGGCCUGCGCAACGUCGCGCGCAACCUGCUGUUCCCGACGGCGAGCACGCCCGAGGAGCGCAUCGAGAAGCAGCAGGCCGUCCCCGAGAUCCAGCUCCAGCUUCAGUCGGGCAGUCGGUUGAUGCAGUUCAGGGAACUCGGCGCCACCAACAUCUCGCGCCUCGUUCGCCUUCCCGGCAUUGUCAUCAGCGCCUCGGUCCUCUCGUCGCGCGCCAUCCGCCUUCACCUCACGUGCAAGUCGUGCCGCCACGUCACGACCCAGGACGUUCAAGGCGGCUUCUCGGGCUUCCAGCUGCCCCGCAAAUGCGCUGCUCCCGCACCGCCCGGCGAGCCCAAGGACUGCCCGCUCGACCCGUACGUCAUCGUGCACGACAAGUGCACCUUUGUCGACCAGCAGACGAUCAAGCUCCAGGAGGCGCCCGACAUGGUCCCCGUCGGCGAGCUGCCUCGGCACCUCAUCCUCAGCUGCGACCGGUACCUCACGGGCCAAGUCGUCCCCGGGUCUCGCGUCAUCGCAACGGGCAUCUACUCGACGUUCCAGCAGGGCAAGAGCCGACGCGACACGCCCGUCGCCCUGCGCACGCCCUACCUGCGCGUCCUCGGCCUCGAGAUCGACCGAGAAGGCGCGAGCGGGAGCGGGAUCCGCAACUUUACCGCCGAGGAGGAGGAGGAGUUUGAGAAGAUGGGCAAGGAGAGCGACAUCUACGAGAAGUUUGCCAGGAGCAUCGCGCCGAGCAUCUUCGGCAACGGCGACAUCAAGAAGGCGAUCGCGUGCCUGCUGUUCGGCGGCUCGAAGAAGGUCCUCCCCGACGGCAUGCGCCUGCGAGGCGACAUCAACGUCCUCAUGCUCGGCGACCCGGGUACGGCCAAGUCGCAGCUGCUCAAGUUCGUCGAAAAGGUGUCGCCCAUCGCCGUCUACACGUCGGGCAAGGGCUCGUCGGCCGCCGGUUUGACGGCCUCGGUUCAGCGCGACCCGCAAUCGCGCGAGUUCUACCUGGAGGGCGGCGCCAUGGUGCUCGCCGACGGCGGCGUCGUCUGCAUCGACGAGUUCGACAAGAUGCGCGACGAGGACCGCGUCGCCAUCCACGAGGCCAUGGAGCAGCAGACGAUCUCGAUCGCCAAGGCCGGCAUCACGACCAUCCUCAACUCGCGCACGAGCGUCCUCGCCGCCGCCAACCCCGUCUUUGGCCGGUACGACGACAUGAAGACCCCGGGCGAGAACAUCGACUUUCAGACGACCAUCCUGUCGCGCUUCGACAUGAUCUUCAUCGUCAAGGACGAGCACAACGAGCAACGUGACGCUACGAUCGCCAAGCACGUCAUGAACAUCCACAUGAACCGCGCGACCGACUCGAGCACCGUCGGCGAGAUCGACCUCGAGAAGAUGAAGCGCUACGUGUCGUACUGCAAGGCCCGUCGCGCACCACGCCUCUCGACCGACGCUGCGCAAAAGCUCAGCAGCCACUUUGUCGCCUUGCGCAAGCAGGUGCAGCAGGUCGAGCGCGACAACAACGAGCGGUCGUCGAUCCCGAUCACGGUCCGCCAGCUCGAGGCCAUCGUGCGCAUCUCCGAGUCGCUCGCCAAGAUGGAGCUCAAGGUCGAGGUCCUCGACGCGCACGUCGACGAGGCGAUCCGGCUCUUCAAGUUCUCGACCAUGGACGCCGUCCGGGCCGGCAACCUCGAGGGCAUCAGCCACUCGGAGCUGCGCGAGGAGGUCGAGUCGAUCGAGAAGGAGCUGCGGCAGCGCAACAAGCUCGGCGUCGGCCGCACCCUGCCGUACUCGAGCCUGCGCAACUACUUUGUCACCCAGCGAGGGUUCACCAACCACGCCUUCGACCGUUGCCUGUCGGUCCUCGAGCGCACCGACGUCCUCCAGUUCCUGCAGCAGCGUCGCCUGGUCCGCCGCAUCGCCGUUUGAGUCGAUCCUUCUCCCCCUUUUUCUUCCUCGGUCGACCGGGCUCGCUCUUGUUGUAGGUUGUACAGCGUCCUCUCUCUGUCUGCGUCCUCGUCGAUCCUGUUCUUGCCUGUAACGCCUAGCGCAGUCUCUUUC